AUGGCAGACGAAGAAGUGAAUCUCUACGACGAAAUCGAAAUCGAAGACUGCUUCUACGACGAGGCCCUGGGCAUCUAUCACCACCCAUGUCCUUGCGGCGACCGCUUUGAGAUUCUGCUCGACGACAUGCGGGACGGAGAGGAUAUUGCGCGGUGUCCGAGUUGUAGUUUGAUGAUUCGCAUCAUCUUCGAUCCGUCUGACCUUCCUGAGAACAAGAGCAGCGCACCCCAACAGACGGCUAUUACUGCCUAG